AUGGGUAAGAUGAAAUAUUUUCUUGGACUCCAAAUUAAGCAACUAAAGGAUGGCAUAUUCAUCAACCAAUCAAAGUAUUGCAAAGAGUUGUUGAAACGAUUCGACAUGGAUAGUUGCAAGGCAAUGUAUACUCCAAUGGGAUCCGGAACUUAUGUUGAUCAAGAUGAAUCAGGUGUUUCGAUUGAUAUUACAAAGUAUCAAGGUAUGAUUGGUUUUGUACUAUAUUUGACGGUAAGUCAUCUUGAUAUAAUGUUUAGUGGGUGUCUUUAUGCGCAGUUUCAAGCCAAUCCAAAGGAAUCAUAUCUCACCGCUGUUAAAAGGACCAUGAAGUAUCUCAAAGGAACAACGAAUGUAGGCCUAUGGUAUCCAAAAGGUAGUAUAUGUGAUUUAGUUGGAUAUUCUGACUCGGAUUAUGCAGGUUGCAAAAUUGAUAGAAAAAGUACAAGUGGAACAUGUCACAUCCUAGGAAAUGCAUUAGUUUAUUGGGUGUGUAAGAAAGAAUCAUGUGUUGCUCUUAGCACCGCAGAAGCAGAAUACAUAGCAGUAGGAAGUUGUUGUGCUCAGAUUCUAUGGCUAAAGCAACAACUGAGUGAUUUCGGACUAAAUCUUGGAUGCAUACCACUUCGAUGA